GCGUCACGUUGGUGUGCGUUUCCCUCCCUGCUCAAAAUGUGUGCGCCGUGAUGCGCCGGUGUCGAUUUAGUGGCGUGACUCUGUACGUGUCUGCUGGUCGUUUGUCGCCCAUUUUAAACUGUCACCUGCCAGGACAAUUCAACUCCAAUUCCAGAUCCUUACUUCCAUCCUGAAAAUUCGGUCAUUCCUGUCUGUUUGAACCAAUUUGCAAAACGGCUCGAAGUAUCUAAAAAUCGGUGGUCAAGAUGGCCGAAAAGGAAGUUCCGCCGGGGCCCUCGUCGCCGACCUCUGAAAACCAGGAGGCCGCACAACCUUUUCUCUCCAGCUUCGUCUCGGAAAUUGUUCGAAGUCCUCUAAACCUCGCCUUGGUCGCAAUAAUCGCCUUCCUCGUAUACAAAAUUAUCAAGAGCAAAACCAAGGCGGAUGAGCCGGUCGAGCAAGUGAAGGAAUUGCCAAAAAUAAGGAAAGAUUUUACCCUGGAGGAACUUAAACCUUACGAUGGAACAGGACCCGAAGGUCGUGUCCUAGUUGCAGUCAACGGUAGCGUCUACGAUGUCACGAGGGGUUCAAGGUUUUACGGCCCUGGCGGACCUUAUGCAGCAUUUGGAGGAAGAGAUGCUAGCAGAGGCCUAGCUACAUUUUCAGUAGCUCCAGGAAAGGAUGAAUAUGAUGAUUUGAGUGACUUAAACACUGCGGAAAUGAAUUCAGUGAGGGAAUGGGAAGAGCAGUUUAAAGAGAGGUACGACUAUGUGGGCAAACUUUUGAAACCUGGCGAAGUUCCAACAAAUUAUUCAGACGAAGAGGAAGAAGGAAGCCAAGAGACGCAAGAACCCAAGACCGAUGAAGAACCAAAGGCAAAGGACGAUUGACCGAUUGAACGUAAAUUCGGAGUGAAAUACCUUGAAGUAGACACCACGCACACACUGUUGUUUCAAAAAAUUCAGAAUUAUUGCCUAAGAAUACAAUUAUGAACGUUCGGCUGGAUAUUUUACUACUUUGUCGCGUUAUUCAACUAAAGUGAGAGAGAGAGAGAGAGAACGUCUGUUGAAAAAUCCAGAAUUCUAUGAAUAUUUUAGAAUGGUGUUGUGGGUUAAAAGUCGAACUGUCCAUUUACAUUUGAAGUGGAUUUAUGUCAGUUAAAGUGUUUUUUACACGUGUACAAAAAAUUUUUUGAAUACCUACAAUAUUCCUUUUAGCUCAACUAAAUCGAAAGUUAAAUCUUUGAGUCGAAAUUCAGCGUUUUUGAGGAAUUUUAUACACUUUACGAUUAUUUAAAACUGUGCCUAAAGUAUGAUAGGCAAGUUUACUGAAGCAUUAUUUCCUGUAUAAGGAAUUAAAAUAGUGAAUACGCGAAAAAUUGUGCGAUUUAUUUUCCGCAUCAGUGAAUUGUACAUUUUAUAUUCAAUAUUGCACUGCGAAAAGGCUUUUACAACUUUUCUCAGACUUUAAUUUCAAAUGGAAAAAAUACUGUACGCUGAUAUUAAAUUUUUUGUACUCUUGUAGAUUGAUAUUGCUUUUAAUCGAGUUUAUUAUGUUAUAUUAUAUUACUUAAUAACGGUGUACUGCAAUAAUUUCGCUUGUGAUCUCGCUAAAUUUCUAAAAUUAAACUCACUUUUACACGCAGUGCAAAGAUUCGUGAUUAUUUAUUUUUAGUCCACGAUAGUCGAUCGAGCAUGUUUGCAAUGCGAAGGUAUUCGCAAUAAAUUUUUUUUACUAAUCUAAGAUACUUUAAAAUUUGAAUUAGACAAUGGGAAAUUACGAACGAAGCGAAUAAAUGCGGAACAAGUUGUCGAUAAUUUAAAAGAUCACUUAACGAUUACUUUUUGUAGUUUUUAAUUCAUAAUUAAAAGUUUCAUCGCUCUGUUCCAUUAA